UCUGCUGAUUUCCAGCCGACUUCCAGGUUAGAUAACAGCUGAAGACUCGCACGCAGAGAGUUAAUGAGCCUGGGCUGAAGUGAGAACGUCAGCAGAGUCUCGCCGUACGUCGUCGUGACUGAUUUCUUUUGUGUCCAAGUGGGGAGACUAUUUUCUUAAAAUUGUCGUCAUGUCUCAGAAAAACCUGAACCUCAUAGAGGACAGUUUAAGCAUGGAUGAGUUAACCCCUCUUGUGAAGAGAAGAGACAGCGGCAAGAAAUGCCAGCGGAGCCUGAGUUUGGGAAGUGUCGACACGCGGGCCAGGCAGCUAAAUCAAAGCUUCAAAACGAGCUUCAGGGACCAGACCACAGCAGAAGAUUAUCUUGGCAGGUCAGAGGGGCCCAUCGUCAGUCAUAGCUUUUUAAAGUACAAUAAAACCUUCCACAAGCUGUUUGAGGAGAUCCCCAAAGAGGAGAGGGUGACAUACACGUUUACGUGCGCCUUGCAGAGGGAGGUUCUGUAUCACGGCAAACUCUAUGUGUCGGAGAACAAUGUGUGCUUCCACUCGUCCGUGCUGCUUAAAGAGACCAAGGUGGUGAUCGCUAUUUCCAGUUUGAAGGAGAUUAAGAAGCAUAACCCAACUCUGUCUGUGCUGUCAUUAAAAACAUCCAAUGGAGAGAAGUAUUUGUUUGCAUCAGUGAGGAACUACGCCCUGUGUUACGAACUCCUCCAAAGCCUCUGCUGUCAGGCCCAGGAGGAGAGCAGUCCCAGCAGCAGCCCUGUCCUGUCCCGUGCAGACCUCAAUGCUGUGCAAAACGCGGGCUCCAGCUGGUCCAGUUUAGAGGAGAGUUUUGACAACGACGAUCUCAACGGCGCCGUCACUCCGGUUAAGGAAGAAGCUAACGGCGCAUGCAGGUCCACGCCGGAGAGCAGCUUCACGGACGAAAACAGCGGAGCCGGGUCGUGGAGCUUCCUUGAGAACGUGGCACAGUUUUUGUUCUUCAGGGAACAUCUGAGUCUCAGAGCCAUCUUCCACAUCUUCCUGAUCCUGGUGCUGUUGCUGGUCCUGGCGUCAGGCUACAUCGGGCUGAGGAUCACGGCUCUGGAGGAGCAGCUGAGCUCUCUGGGAGCCCUGGCCGACCUGACGUCCCACUACACAGAGUACCAGGAAACAUAGCCACCUGUCACGAAGGCAUGUCAGCAAGAAAACGCAGUGAACUUUGUAUGCAGUGCAUCUUUAAAUGGAAAAUGUAUUAUUAUUUUUCGGUAUUGCACACAGACACUUUCUCUCACAACAGACAGCAAAGUCGUUUUUUUAGGUUUGAUGUUCCAACGCUAAGCACAGAGAUGCUUCUAGCUUCUGUGAACCGGGUUCAGGUACGGGCCGGCUACCAGUAUCAAGGCGUACCAAGGUUUUGAAAAGUUACGGGUUUAGAGCCUAGAACAAACAAACAAACAAAAAAAAAAAAAAACUUGUCGUGCAGUUCCUACAAUUGUACAAACUGUUCAGAUUAGUUUGACACAGACGCCACCUUGGCUGCCCUACAGUGUCUUAAGGUGAAUUUCAACAAUAGUCAAUGUAGGAGUUAAAAAUGUCUUUUUAAUUAAACGCCAGAGAAAAUGGACAGAGUUAAAGUUAUGAGAGAAGUAGGGUAAUGCUGCCCUUCCCACACUUGUUGCUGCAAACUGUCUAAAAGAAGGCAUUCUUAUUUAAAAAUGCAAGUGGGGAAACCCCAACUCCCAGGAAGGUUGCUAACUAGGUAGAUAACCCAGCUAAUUAAAACCAGACUUUUAUAAUCCCAGUUUAGCUGUAUAUAAAUAGCAGAACCGCAAAAAUGUAUAACAAUGCAGAGAAUUAUCUCACUAAGUUUAGCACGCAUAUCAUAAGCAUAUUAUUUUACUAAUUGUUUGAAACAAAUAGAUCAUAUCAUAGAUUUUCUUAGUUAAUUGUGUAUACCUGCUUAUCAGUGCAGGGUCACCGGGCAGGGCCUAUGCCAAGUGGUCAUUGAGAGGUGGUACACCCUGGGCAGGUUGCCAGUCCAUCACAUAACCAUGCUAACAUACUCGUAUCUAAGGCCAAGUUAGAGAGACUAGUUAACAACAGUCCUGGUUUUGUACUGUGGGAGGAGGCCUGAGUACCCAGACAAAAUACCCACACAUGCACAGGAAGAACCCGGGCCAGGAUUUGAACCCAGGACCUUCGUGCUGCAAAGCAACAGCGCCACCAGCUGCACCAAUAGAAUUGCAUACCUGACCAGACUGUGUGAGGAAAGAUUGAGCAGCAGCAGCAGCUAGCGAAGCCAUGUGGAGACUAGUCUUGCUGAUUUCAGGAACUAGAACUCACAACAGCAAACAAGCUUAAACCGGAGGCAACUAGACUCGUUUUGACAGAAAACGUUGACAAAGUCCGGUUACCUCCAAUUUUGGCUGGUUUGCUGUUGCGAUGACCCGGAUAACUGAGAAUUUGCACAGACAUAAAACUCACUACCUUGGCUGUGAUUUUUUUUUUGUCUUAUUUGUAAAUAUGAGAAUAUUUGCUAAUUUGUUUUCUUUUUAAGUCCUCAUUCUAUGGAAAAUCCAAUGUACUGUACUGUUAGAAUUUGUACACUUUAUUCUGUCAAUGACAACUCUAACCAGCAGAGGGCAGUCAGUCACUGCAGAUUCCCUGAAGCUGUGCAGUUGCAUUUGGUGGCCAUAAAUGCAUUAAGCUCAAUACAACCA